UAUGGCAUUUAUUAGUAUUUAGAAUAUAAUAAUAUUAAUUCUACUUUGGUUGAUGCAAUAUUUUUAUAAAAUAUAGGAGAAAAACAUACGCGCAAAAAAUUAAAAGAAUUUUUAAAUCUUGAAUAUAAAAUCCAGAAAAAAAGUAGCAUAUUAGUUUCAUUGAUUUAGUGUUUAAGUUUCCCGGUUAUUAGGAUUAGAACAGACCUUCCUAAAAUGGAUUACACAUAGCAGAUUUGGAAGAUGGAAUAACAGAGGAAUAACUUUAUGUCGAAUUUAGAAAAUAUGGAUAGAUAAGCUUUGUUAAAUUGCAUAGGUAUAUAGUUUGAAUAAAAUUAGAUAUCCAUUUAUUGGAAAAUCAAAGCACUAUGCCUUUAUCUAUUUCUCAACAUAAGAAGAAGCAAGAAAAGCAAAAGAAGCCAUGAAUUAUAAAUAGCUUCUUAGAGAGCCAAUACGUAUAACCUACAUAUAGGAUUAUGAGAAAGAUGCAAACUUAUUCUUUGCAGGAUUCGAGUUAAAUGUAACACUGAAAUAACUUGAAGAAUUUUUCUCAAAAUGGGGACAAGUGGUAAGUGUGAAAUUAUCAGUCGAUGAAAAUAAAAAGAGUAGAGGUAAUAAUAUUUAAAAAUAAAAUAGGUUAUGGUUGGGUCUAAUAUGAGAAGAAGGAGUAAGCCAAUUAAUUAUUGACUGAGAGUUAAUUAAAUGAAGGAACAGUGAAAUACAAUGAAAAAACAUCAAUAAUUGUGAAACGAUUUGUAAAAAAAGGUACAAGUGAACGUGAGGAUAAGAGAAGUAACUUAUACAUAAAGAAUUUUUGGACUUCAUUGGAUAGUUUUGAUUUGGAAAACAAUUAAGUUAGAGAAUAAUUGGUAUUUAUAGUAAAUUAAUUGUAAAAAGGAAAGUGAAAUGCGUACAAAAUUGAAUGAAUGGUUUAGUACAUAUGGUUCAAUUAUAAGUGUAUUAGUGAAAAUAGAUCUUGAACGCAAAGCUCCAUAUGCAUUUUUGAGUUUCAGUAGAUAUCAAGAUGCAAAAGAAGCUCAAAGAACUUUAGGUACUACCUUAGGAACAAAUUAAUAGAAGGAUCCAUUAAAUACUGGCAGAAAGAUGUAUGUAGGAUGGGCAUAGACUAAAAAAGAUAGAAAAUAAUAAAGAGAUAAUAAUAUAUAUUCUAAAUAUAUUUAUGCAGAUCAUUUAAAUAGAAAUGUAACAGAAGAUAUGAUUAGAUAAACAUUAAAAGAAGCAGGUUAUGGUGAUAUUUAUAUGGUAAUAUUAAUUUAUAUUAUAAAAUAGAUAAGAUUGGAAAAGAUGUAAUAAGGAUUCUAAUAAAUAAUUAGAAUUGGUUAUAUUGUAUUUGAAUAAGCAUCAGAUGCAAAUAAAUUGAUUAAAUCAUUUAAAGAGAAUGAGAAAUUUGAUGAAAUAAAGAAAUUAUUUGAUUAAAAUGUAGAAUAGGCUGGUGGAAAAUACUUUUAACAUCUUUUCCCAUAAUAAUCCUAAUAAAGAGGAGGAUAAAGAAGAACUAAUUUAAGAUAGUCUCCAACUAGAAGAAUGUAUUAAAUGCCACCAGGGCCAGCCUAAUUUGGUGGUAGAAUGCCAUAUCCAUUUCCUAUGUAAUAAAGAAUUCCUGGUGGUGGAAAUAGAAGACCAUAUUAAUAAUAAUUCCCUAAUCCAAUUAGAACACCAUUACCUCCACCAGUUUAAUAGAUUACUGAAUUAGCUCCAGUUUAAGCUGUUGCCUUCGAUAAAAGGUAGGAUCUAUUAGAUUUAUUAAAUAAUUUAGAAGUUUUCAGAGCUAAACCUGAAGAAGAAUAAGUCAAAUAACUAUAGUAAUCUUAUUUUAUUAUUUAUUUCUAGAAUGAUGUUGUUUUAUAGAAUCAAAGCUAAAUUGAAUGAAGAUACAGAACCUCACUGGAAGAAAGUCAGUGAAGUACUUUCAGAUCCAUCUAAUUAUACAAUUGAGGAAAUCCUCGAUAUGAUUAAGAAUGAAGAUUAAUUCAAUGAGUUAGUAGAUGAUGCUGUUGCUUAAUUAAAAGAAGAAGCACAUUGGUGAAAAAUUUAUUGUUUGUUCAAAUAUAAGUAUAUUUCAAC